AUGUCAACAAUAAAUCAUAGUAAUACUAGUGGAUCUCUGGAUCAUCAUAAUUUGAAUCACAGAGUACAAGGUCAAGACAAAGAAUUAAAUUCUCCUGGUAAAGAGGACGAAAUCAAAACAUAUUAUAUUCGCCUUAUAAAUGAAGAGUUUAGAAAUUUACAACUAGAUCCGGAUUUACAGUCCAAAUCAUUAUUUGAUUUGAUUGAUUAUUGUGAGCUUUUAUAUGAAGAUCUGACGAGAGUAAUCAGCACGGAGAAAGGAUUGAAAAGUUUUAUUAAAGGGUACUUAAUUUUCAAUUAUUUCAUCAAUAGUCUUAUAAUGAUGCAUUUUAAUGGUUUUGACGAAUUUAUAAAGUCCAACGAGCGUGAUUUCAUUAUAUAUUUGCAUUUAUUCACGUUCUAUAAUACCGAUGAUUAUAUCAAAACAGAUACUCGUUCUAUUCCCUUGGGAAUAUUGAGAAAGUGGAUACUCGGGUACCUUAUCGCAAACAAGCUAUUGAAAUUUGAUGUUCAUGUUUUAUACGAUUGGUUGUACGAAUAUAUCGACUACCUAAAGGAAAAAGAUGAAUAUGAAUCCCAAGAGCAGUUGGUUCAACCGAAUCAAAUUCUGAAAUCGCAAGGGAUGAAUAAUAUAAAUGCAAACAUUGCUGAAAUAAGCUCUAGUCAAGAUUCCUUACAACAUUCGUCUGAUAGCCUUUUAGAUGUCCAGAAUAAUUCUGAUGACAAUGAAUCCCUCAAUCAUUUCAAGAAUAGAUAUCCGGCAUUUACCUUAAAUGAAAUCAAUGAUUCAAGUGAGAGUUUAAUAUUCCGGCCUAUAAAUGAUCUGACAUACGAAGUUCCCCUGGGUACUGAUUUUUCUUAUAAGGCUUCAAUACCGCCGCCGGUUCCAUCUAAUCCUCCACCCAUACCAUCUAUUCCCCCUCCAAUACCAUCUGUAAUUCCUCCGGUUCCAUCAAUGCCUCCUCCGAUUCCGUCUAUACCUCCUCCAAUUUCAUCUAGGCCACCACCAAUCCCGUUCACGGCUCCACCUGAAUUACCACGUAAGUCGUCAUCAGAUCUUUAUUCAUCACCGUCCCAUUCUCCAUCUAAAACAUCACAGGAAACUCCAUAUCCUGUUGAUAAACUUACAGAUACAACAACUGCUCCGUAUCCUGUGUCUAAUAAUGUUUCGUCUAAUAGCUUAUACUAUAGCAACCCUAGCUUUGAGUCGUAUGACCGAGAUAUGCGUACUGAUAAUUUUACUAAGACUCCGUCUCAAGAUAUUAAGAAAACGCAUUCGAAUUAUAACAGACCUUCACCGAGUAUUCCUCGUCAACCUCAAGUUUAUAAUAAUGAUAUGUUGAAAUUCAAUCCAAAUGACCCAUAUUAUAAUCAAAACUUUCCCAACAAACAUGCAUAUGCUAAUCCCCUGUUUUCAAAUCAGUAUAUAUCUCAACCCCCUCCUCAUAUAGUGCUUCCAAACCAUGCGUUGCAUCAACAGAACCAUCAUGUGAGUCAAAAAAUCAAUUAUAUGAUGGCAUAUUCAAUAUGUGGAUUAAAGAAUUUUGGGUCAUCUUGCUAUAUAAAUCUGACAAUCCAAUUAUUAUUUGGACUAUAUCAAUUUAAGGCCAUUUUUGUUAAUCUGAAUUAUGUCAAAUACAUAAAAGAUCCCAAGUUCUUGAAAAUAAUGAAGCAUUAUGGCAAUUCAAAAACGUCUCAAUUAUUAUCAGAAGCUAUAUCAGGGUUGUUGAAAUCUUUCCAAGCUCAUGGAGGAGCCGCUAUAGCACCGACUAAAUUUUUAAGAAUUUCUUCUUCGAUAAAGCCUGACUUCAAUAUUCCUAAUGAACAACAGGAUGCCCAGGAGUUUCUUUUAUUUGUAUUAGAAAGAUUACAUGAUGAGUUGUCUUAUAAGGCCCUCGAUGAAAGAGAAAUUGAUCCAGAAACAUUGGAAAGAUAUAUCCAAAAAUGGAAUAUUAACAUCAAUAUUAAAGAUAAAGAAAAUUAUUUAAAUUGGUAUAAGUCUCUCGUUAAAAGCGAAGGAAACUCUCCUAUUAAUGACUUAUUUCAAGGACAUUUACAAAACAAAUUAAUAUGCAAUAAAUGUGGUUAUGAAUCUACUAAUUAUUCUCCAUUUACCAUAUUAUCAUUACCCAUUCCUGAUUACAAUGUGAGAAUAAAUUUAUCUGAUUGUCUUAGAUACUACACUCAAGAUGAAAUCUUAAGCGGUGAUAAUGCUUGGAAUUGUCCCAAAUGUUCAAAGAAUAAAGAUGGUGAUCAUCUAUAUCCUCCGAAUUCACUUGAUAACCAUCCAGUUUUCACUUCCAAAAGAAGUGGUAUUUUUAAAUUAGGCAAGAGAAGUAAGUCACCUUCUAGAGAUAAAGCAAAAGCGAAUGCAGCUGCUAAAGAUUCAAAAAAGGAUUCUGUUUCUGUCAAGACGCUUAAUUUCAUAAAAUUACCUCAGAUUUUAUUUAUACACUUGUCUAGAUUCUCUAUGUCUAGUAUGACAGACAAGGUGAACAAAGUUAUUAAAUAUCCGUUAGAACUCAGAUUUAACAACUAUUCAAACAAUAUUAAUCAUGAAAUAACAUACAAACUAGUUGGUUUAAUUAAUCAUUAUGGGAAUUUGAAAAGUGGCCACUAUACGUCAUUAGUUAAUAAAUCUAUUCCUAGUUCAUAUAAUGACGAUAUAAAUCAUCCUUGUUGGUGCUAUUUUGAUGACGAUGCAGUACGAAUUAAUUUGAAACAUGGCGAUAUCAACAAGCCAAAUAUAGAUUUUAAUGAACUCAACUCUCGGGAUGUUUACGUAUUAUGUUAUGAAAGAAGGUGA